UAUUAAUUAAAACGAGCAAAUAUCUGGAGGCCAAAUAUUUCUGGUACGUAUCAGAUUGGCGAAUGACGAAGAAAAAAAAUUCGGACGAAAGUUAUUUUGUAAAUAGAGACCUCCACUGUACUUCAUGAGGGUGAACUUUAGAAUGAGUUAGAGAGAGAUAGAGAGAGCAAAAAGUAGAGAGGAGAGAGGGGAGAGAGAAGACCAGGAAAGAGAGAGAGAGAGAGAGAGCCACCAUCGCAUGGCAUCUUUGCCGACGGGGACUCUGGACAACCACCAUUUACCGCACCACCAUGACCAAGGCGGAGCAAUAGCGGCGAGGCACCUCUCGGCCGCCACUGCUCAACGGUCGGAGAUGGAGACGGAUAAGGGAAUGUCCGCCGCUAUAGUUGAAGGGAAUGACACAGUCACUGGUCACAUUAUUUCCACCACAAUUGGCGGACAAAACGGUGAACCCAAAAGGACCAUUACAUACAUGGCAGAACGUGUUGUGGGAACUGGUUCGUUUGGAGUAGUUUUCCAGGCAAAAUGCUUAGAAACUGGAGAAACUGUGGCCAUAAAAAAGGUCUUACAGGAUAGACGGUAUAAAAAUCGCGAACUACAGCUGAUGCGAUUGAUGGAUCACCCUAAUGUCAUUUAUUUAAAACACUGCUUCUUCUCAACAACUCCUAAAGAUGAGCUUUUCCUCAAUCUUGUCAUGGAGUAUGUUCCUGAAAGUUUGUACAAGGUCUUAAAGCAUUACACUAGUUCUAAUCAGAGGAUGCCCCUUAUCUAUGUCAAACUGUACAUGUAUCAGAUAUUUAGGGGCUUGGCUUAUAUCCACAAUGUUGUUGGGGUUUGCCAUAGAGAUGUGAAACCUCAAAAUCUUUUAGUCGAUCCACUGACCCACCAAGUCAAGCUCUGCGACUUCGGAAGCGCAAAAGUUCUGGUUAAGGGGGAAUCAAAUAUUGCGUACAUCUGUUCCCGCUACUAUCGAGCGCCCGAGCUUAUAUUUGGUGCAACAGAAUAUACAUCAUCUGUCGACAUUUGGUCAGCUGGCUGUGUCCUUGCGGAGCUACUUCUGGGGCUGCCGCUCUUUCCUGGAGAAAAUGCAGUAGACCAACUUGUAGAGAUUAUUAAGGUACUUGGGACUCCAACGAGAGAAGAUGUUCGGUGUAUGAAUCCAAAUUAUACUGCUUUUAAAUUCCCUCAAGUCAAAGGUCAUCCUUGGCAUAAGAUUUUCCAAAAAAGAAUGCCGCAUGAAGCAAUUGAUCUAGCUUCCCGGCUACUUCAAUACUCGCCAAGUCUCCGGUUUAAUGCUCUAGAAGCAUGUGCGCACCCCUUCUUUGAUGAGCUUCGGGGGCCCAAUGCUUGCCUCCCAAAUGGUCGCCCUUUCCCACCACUUUUCAACUUCAACCAGGAAUUAGUCGGAGCUUCACCCGAGUUGAUCAACCGGUUAAUACCAGAGCAUAUCCAAAGGCAAAUGGGGUUGAACUUUUCGCAUUUUGGGGGAGCUUAAUUAAGCAUAUGAAGUCAGCCGUUCGUCUCCCAGCGGAAACAACCAAAAGGGGUGACGCUAAAACUGUUUUGGCACGAUAACCCCCCGGGGGGCGGCCCUGAAAAAUCCCUACUGGAUCUCUGUCUUGUUUGGUCUAUUCCACCAGGAAUCUAUGUCGUUUUUUUGCUAAAGAGAGAAAGGUUCUUACCACCUGGUGUCUGUACAUUGUUUUGGUCGAAGGAUGAUUACUAAUCUGUGCCCACUUAGUUAGGUAGCCAGAUUUGCUUCAGAGACAACUCAUGGCUAAAUAUGUAGUUGGUUUAUGUUUUAUUUAAAAAUUGUUCUUACUAAUUUUUUGCAUCAUUCUGGACAUCGUAGUUAUUAAAAUUUGGAUUAAGUA